CUCCUCCUGUGAAAUCACAGCACCGCGCGACCCGCAGCGAGUGCGUGGGUUGGCCGUUGGCGAGCAUUUCUGCGGCCCCGCAAAAAGCAAAAGGUGGCGAAGCAAGGCGAUGCUGAUACUCGUGUCGUUGCACGCGAGGGAACUUACCUGCCUGCCGCCUGCCUCCGUAGCUUGCAGGAAAUCUCCGGAGCGUUGUAGGCCGCCGCUUGCUGGAAAAAAACCUGCCGCAUUUUGAUGAUGAUGGCGCUGCGCUCGGGCUACGGCACACGGGCGCACGCUUUUGGACAGGUUUUCCCCGCGCGGCACUAGGUAUUUAUAGGCGCGCCGACUUUCGGAAACUCCUUCCACAUUCAAAUGCGCGCGCAGUUUCUUCGUGUAAAAGUACACCAAGGACCGAACUCAAAAGACAUCGCCGGCCUUCUCAGCCGGUCGGUGACCGAUAUACGCGAGCGCCGUUGGCCGACAUCUGCGCGGCGCGCCCGACUUUCUUUGUGACAUGAGUGGCAAGAGAGAUCUUCUCUUGCUCGACAUAUGUACACCAGCACCAUCAUCACACACCGGCGACGAUGGUGGCACAAGAAGGCGUCCAAAUGGAACUGCCCACCUCGGUCGGCUCCGUCGCGUCAAACUCAAAACGGCGAGAAAUCGCCGCACACCGCCACGCUCUUUGAUCCGGGGCUGUGCUUCGCACGUAGUCGCUUCACUUCGCCCACUCUUUCGCUCAGAGUCGCCUCGCCUCACUUCUACGCUUUAGCCAGUGUCGGUUUGGGAAAGCUUGCCCGGCAAGUGAAGCCGACUAGUGACGCUGUCUCGCGCGCGUCCUCUGCUUCGUUCCGUCGCGUCAAAACAGCGAGGGACCAACUUGGCCGAGAGUUCGACUGCGAGCGCUGCGGAAAGACAUCAGGCAGGCGAGUAGGGCAGUGCCCGACUCGCUUGCUACCCACUUAGACUCGCUGUCUCCCACUCCUUCGCACAUAGUCGCGGCCUUUGUUCCUGGGCUGUUCUUCGCACAUAGUCAGUCCGUUUCGCUCUCUCACUCGAUCGCACGUAGUCACUUCGCUCCACUUCUACGCUUUUCUUUGCCAGUGUCGGCGGAGUAGAAAUGAAAAGGGGCCACCUCGGAAGCAGUCUACUAGUCAACAACUUGGGAGGAGAUAUACUUUCGCCCUGACAUCCGCGUCCACAAUUCCGCCGCCUCCGAUCGUGCGCGUUCUGAUGAUGAUGCGCCGAGCUGUGAGGUCUGGGCUGUAAGUGAGUCUAUCAGCUUCCCUGUCCUGCUUUGGUUUUGGGAAAUGAAAAAAAACCGGCCUGCGUGGUGGAUGAAAGUCGUAGAAUAAGAAAACGGAUCUGGAUGCAUUUGAAGGCGGUGCUGAUCUUCUGCGCCGAAUUGGUCUGAAGUGGGUGCGUUGAUCUUCUCACUAUCUCAAUCUGUGUCAUAUUGGAGCAAGUAGCGGACUUUCUGUAAAGGAUGGGAGCGCUCCGCUCUGCACAUUGCAGAAAGCCGAGAAG